CUUGAGUUUGGAUGGUGGAAUCGACAAGUGGUGUUUCGAUCCACCGUGUGUUCAUUCCUUCAUGAACAUAGCACAGAAGAGCUACAUUUGUAUAUCUUUCUGGGUCAUAGACCCUGCAAGCUAUGUGCCAAUCACGGGGCAUUAUCGAAAAACAAACCGCCAAAAACAACAUUGAACUUAGCACGACAAGAGCAAUUAAACAGCUUACUAUCGCCUAUAACUGGCAUGUUUUUCAGACAAGGCAGACAGCAGUCUUGUUUUCCUUCUAUAACUGAAAUUCAAUGAUCUAGAUCGUAUGAGCGCUGAACAUAGUAAGAAAUCAAACACUACGCUUCCCCUUCUUGGAACAUUUUUACAACCUUCAGUGAGGUGAAUGAUGAGGACGACUGGGUUCACCACGCAGCUCAUUCGGGAACACUGCAUAACUCUUCCAAUCGCAAUAUCAAAAUGGCGGCUUUCUGAAAUAUGAUUCCCCUCAAUAUGUGAGGAUCAUAGUAUAACUUCUUAUCACAGAAUUAAUCUAAUUGUUAUCUAAAUGGUAAUGAGAGCUGAUCAGGAAAAUUAAAGGGCCAAAAAUGCUUUCACCAGGGGAAGGGAAGAAAAACUACACCAUUAAAUUAAAAGGUAUAUCAUAUCUUCCUACUUGACCUGUCCUAUCUUAUUUUUUUAUAUAAGUUCCAUUUUAAACCAUAUUUUUGCAACCAACCCUCCCCCUGAGAGUAGGCACUUGUCUGUCAACGGAUACUGUUUUACGGUAGCUUUAAAAGCCCCAGAUACAACCUCUGGAUCCCCAGAAACGCCCUGAAGAAAGCACCGAGCGCAUUCCCGCGAAGCAGAGUGCCGUGGAGAUGGCGUCAUUUCGCUUCGUUGCGUGCGUCCUUUUGUCGCUUGUUGCUCUGUCACACGCUGCAAGUGUGCAGCAUGGCAAGCUUCGAAUCACAACAUCCAAACCAGAGGGAGUCUACUGUCAGACUAUCUACUUCCCAACAGCCUUCACGGGCUCGAAUCAAGUUCGCAUCUUCUUGUCCGUCAAUCAUGGUGACAGCAACACGUCACGUGUUCAUGACGUCACGUUCCCGUGGGUUGAGAAACCAACAGCAAGAAGCUUCAAAGCGUGUAUGCUAGAGACCGGGGAAGGGUCACGUGGUAACGCUACUAUUGAUUGGCUCGCUAUACAAGGAUCCAGUCCCACAAUGCAACAGGGGAGUGUUGUGCUGAGCACGUGGACAACUGGAAUCCAGUGCGUCACGGUCACGCUUCCAAAGCCGUUUCGUCACAGUUCCCCAAAAGUCCUGGUAUCUGCGCGUCACGUGGUGCUGGAUCGUAAACAAGACGCUACAGCAAUGUGGACGGAGGGUAGGGAUAACGCAUCUUUCCGAGUCUGCAUGCGCGAGGCCAGACUGUUUAGCGGAGGGCACAAACGCGUAUCUGUGGACUGGGUGGCAUUUGAAGGGUUUCCUGGACAGGUGAACAUAACUGAGACCGACAAAAUAACCUUCGCAAGUGGCCGACUUCCCACCGAACAAGACAACUACGCGUCCUGUGAGGUCAUACCGCUGACCUUCCCGUAUUACGCCCCACCUGUGGUUAUCCUAAGUGCUAAAGGUGACGCAAGCGCUCUUCCGUCUGACAAGUACGCGGUGUCCGCCUGGCUGGAGGGGUUGACGACCAAGUCCUUCAAGGCUUGCACCAAGGAACUGAUCAGCCCUACUAGCGCCACUCAAGAGAUCACCCUAGAGUAUGUAGUGGUGGGAGACAUCCACCCCUGUCUGAAUGUGACCUGUAAGUACUUCGCUGAGUGCGAGGCGUUUGCCGCUAAUGACGCGCUGUGUGUCUGCCCCAGCAAAUGUCCCACGUACAUAGAUCAAGUCUGCGGGACCAACGGCCAGACUUUUGACAAUCUUUGCCUCCUCAAAAAGCACGUAUGCAGAAUCAAGGGCAACUUUACUUAUUUCCACCACGGAAGUUGUACAGGGUUCCCAAUACAGCAAGGCCGUCGAUCCUUGCACCGCGCGCCGCACUCUCAUCUCGUCUGCGAGACGAUUCACUUCACGCCUUACACCUUCUACCCCGACAAGGACGUAAGCGUUAUAGCAACCGUCAAUCAUUACAACAGCUCGGACUCAGUCUCCGUGAUGGACGCCCCGGCCGUGUGGGUGGAGGAUGUCAUGCAGAAUAACUUCACCGUGUGCACCAUGUUCGCGGGUCGGUACGAGAGGGCGGGGUCAAAUGAGGCGAGCGUUGAUUGGCUGGCUUACCAGGGCUCGCCUCAGUACGGGGUGACCGGGGUUGAGAGCUUUUCAAAGUGGUGGACUGGCACUAGCUGUAAACACGUGACACUACCAGUGGGGUUGCUGGCCCGGGCACCCACAGUGCUAGCCACUGUCCAUCACACACAUCGUAGGGUCAAGCGUGAUGCGGCCAUGGCCUGGGUCGAGGAUGUCAGUGCUUCCGGUUUUGAUUUGUGUCUCCGUGAGUUGCAGAAUUUUGACGGAGUGCACGAAGAUAUAACUGCGAGCUGGAUGGCAUUUGACAAUUUGCACAGACCGCUGUUCAAGGAACACGGGCUCAUUCAUUUUAGCAACAGACAACCGCCACCAAAACGAUACAAUAACGCCUUCUGUAAGCAUCGCCGGUUUAGCAGAUUGUACAGUCACGUGCCCUCUGUCCUACUCACACCGACCAUCGCUGCAAAAGGCAAACCGAGUGACGGAGCAGUAGCCUGGGUAGAGCAUGUAAACGCAACUGGUGCCAAGAUCUGCGUAAAGCAAGUGUACAACAGCGCCUAUUCACCGCUCACCGUAAACUACGCCGUACUCGGGGACGUAUGUGGCUCUGGGUGGAACUACUUUAGAGGCUAUUGUUAUAAAACAAGUGAUAUCUGCCUGUCCUGGAAAAGAGCGGAGAGCGCAUGCGCAGUCCUGAGCUCAGGAUUGGUCAGCGUCCACAACCACGAGGAAAACGUAUUCAUCCAGCAGAAACACAAUGGCGAGAAGUCCUGGGUCGGGCUGAGUGACGUCGCCACUGAGGGGCGCUUCGUCUGGGCCGACGGAUCACCGACGAACUUCACGAACUGGGCGCCGAACCAACCGAACGACUACAAAAAUCAGGACUGUGUGCACACGCUUGGGGUGAAUUAUGGAUACGAGUGGAAUGACGUACAGUGUUCAGCGUGCCACAAUUACACAUGUAAACGAGACUAUAACGAGUGUUCAGAAGGAACGGACGAGUGCGACCACACCCUAGCCACGUGUGUCAACACGCCCGGGUCGUACGCAUGCGCGUGCCCUGCUGGCUACACGGUCAGCGGACACCGCUGCAAUGAUUUGAACGAAUGUGGAGUCUCAGACCGAUGUCACGGGAAUGCUACGUGUACGAAUACGAUUGGUUCAUACACAUGUAUUUGCAAUCCGGGAUUCACUGGAAAUGGGUUCAACUGCACGGAUAUUGAUGAAUGCACCUUGGGAACGCAUAGUUGCCACGCCAACGCUCAGUGUCGUAACACAAUUGGCUCGUACACAUGUCGCUGUAACAAUGGUCACGUGGGAAAUGGACAGAGUUGCACAGAUAUCGACGAAUGUGGGGCUGGAUCACACGGUUGUCAUGCCAACGCUCGCUGCAUCAACACACCCGGCUCGUAUAUCUGCAGAUGCAGAAAUGGUUACAUUGGCGACGGGAAGACAUGCAUUGCUUCUUCGUGUAGCGCCAUCAAAAGCACCUCUCCCCAGUCCUCCAGCGGCACGUACAGUAUCGACCCUGACGGUCCUGGAGGGGAGUCAGCGUUCCACGUGUACUGCGACAUGACUGACAAGGGAGGGGUGGGGGUGACGGUGAUUAGUCAUGACAGCGAGUCCCGUACUUAUGUCCAUGAUGGACUCCCCGAUUCUCCCGGAUCAUACUCACGUCCCGUUACUUACUAUAAUGCAAACUGGAAUCAACUGAAGAAGCUCACAGAUGUCUCCACCAAUUGCGAGCAGUACAUACAGUGGGAGUGCUACGACACGGUGUUCAUAACACAUGGUUACGCAUGGUGGGUGUCACGUGACAAUGCCAAGAUGACGUACUGGGGAGGUGCGACUCCCGGGAGUAACAAGUGUGCAUGCGGGAUGACGUCAUCGUGUGCUAACCCGUCCCGUGGAUGCAACUGUGACAGCAAUGACGAGACAUGGCGCAGUGACGGAGGCCUGCUGACGGACAAGGCGUCUCUCCCUGUACGCGAGAUGAGGUUCGGCGAUUUUGACAGCCCAAACGAGGCCGGGUAUCAUACUCUGGGGAAAUUAAAGUGCUAUGGCUAACUCGGCUGACCUCCGGGACAAGGUGUUCCUUCCAACUUUUGCUAAUAUCGCCAAGAACAAUCUUUUUCACCUGAUGCUGAUUUGUUUAUGGCAUAAAGAUUAUCAUAGAUAAUGAUUUUUGUCUGUAGUGUUACUUUUUGUAGUUCAACAAUCAGGAUUAAACAAGAGAAUAAACAAAUUCAUAACUCGAUAAAUAAUAAAAUGGAUAAAUAAAUGAAUUUAUUGAUGCUACCUAA